AUGACUCUCAAGUUGCGCAACAACACUUCAAUUAACCCUGUAAAGGCCGCAGAACCAGCAGCAGGGCCAGAAAUAGUCUAUGUACAAGACUGGACAUUUGAACAGAAAGCUCCUCCUCUGCUCUUCACCCUCGGCCUGGAAUGGGCGUAUGCCGUGGCAGUUCUGCUGAUCAUAAUUGGCAACCUCGAGGUUCAGUACCAGUGGGCCCAAGAGCGCCAUAUUUGGCACCACCUGGGCUAUGUUACCUUCCGCGCUGCCCUUACUACAGGCAUGUCUAUAGCUAGUACUCUCAUAUUCGAGUACGCGCUGCACGAUGCCGAGGAGGUUCGUGAGGUCGGCGUCAUGAACUUGCAACUGCGAGUCCUGGAGCGCAUCGCCAGGAGCUGGGAUCUGGACACUACUGUGCCGCAUGAGAAUGUCCCUCAGCAGGAACUCGACGAGGAAUUCAUCCUUGAAUGGAAGAAGACGAGACUCGUGCUGCCGAACGGUUCGUGGCAGGUCCCGGUGGCACUCUUUGAGAUGUUUGCCGCGAUAUCAGACACAUUCUCGUGCGUACUGUUGGUCCUUAUCUAUGAGCUCCUCCGCUGGUGUCUGCGUGAAGGAUUUCUUUAUGCCAUUCGAUUCUUCCAGGUAUGGGGAUACGAGGAAAUCAUCUCGUUCGUCCAGGGGGGUAAGAUGUGGGUUGAUUACAGGCCUGAUCCAACAGAUCCGUGGCUUCCACACAAGAAAUUCCUGGGUCAGAUAGCUCUUCAGCUCUCGGUAACUGUGCUGCUAUUGCUUUUCAUGUUCCUCUAUCGAUACCGCGUGCAGGAAGCGUGUGAAGUGCACAAGGACUCUGACCUGGCAGACGAGAUCAGGCCUCGUGCCCUGGCGCUGCGAUCGACUGCUUUCCAUCUUUUGUCGUACACUGCUUACCAGCUCACGCGGUUCAUGAUGGCGACAUUGGAUAUGAGCGACAUACAGCAGGCCAUACCGUGGUGGGAUUUGAUUCGCAGCUACAGAGCGAACGGAGUGGAUUUGCACUCUCAAGGUACUAUGCUCAUGGAAUGCCUCAAAUGUUCCAUGUUAGUUGGCUUCCUUACCCUAAGUACUCACUUGGUGCUCCGACGUUCUCUCAGAUUUAUUAUCAGGUGGGUCGCUUGGCCACUGUUCAAUCCCAUCUACGAGUGGCGGACUAUAUGGCACGAGGACACCGUCAAGCGAGGAAAAGAGAUCUACUUGGAACAAUUUGAUUUAGAUCUUGCUCUCGACAAUCGGGUGGGCAUCAGAGCUAUGGCGACCCUUGCAUUUCCAGACACGGGCCCAUUACCCAUGGAAGCUAGAGGUGGCCGCGACGGGCCUCAUGAGUGGUAA